GGCCGGCUGCUUUGCGGAGUCAGGCUGAGUGCCUUGAAAACAUGUCAUGUGAGAGUAAACAGUAAAAAUCAUGCAAAACUAUUGUCGUUGACUUUGAAAUUUAGUUGUAACUUUCAACUUGUUGAAAUGAUAUUUAUUAUUGCUGUAAAACAAUACGCAAAGCAACGUUACAGGAUUAUUUCUUCAUGAAACUAAUCUAUUCCUCCUCUCGUUGUCAUGGAGUCAGAACGUAGUGAUAACGAAGAAUCACAAAACAAUUCUUCAUUCAAUAAACAAGCUAGUCUCCCAACUGUUAUAACGACCUCCAACUGGGAAAUCAAUAACAGCAAAAAUUUUAGUGAUUGCGUUUCAACAGUUUCAAUACUACAAGCUCCUGAAAGUACAAAUCUGGAUGAUGUGGUGUCUUUGGACACUUGUGUGGCCUUGAAAUCAGAUCCCUCUGGUGAAUCAUGCAGGCUCGAAUUUAAACUCAACAACAAACAAAGGAUAGUUCGCAUUGCCGUGGUGUCAGAGGCAUCUGUCUUGGAAUUUUUCAAGCAAUCUGGAGAAUACGCAACUACGGUUUUUGCAGAAUUUGUCGAUGAUUUUCAAGAUCAUGCUGUCUAUUUUGCUGAAGCAAAAAUACAGCCACCGUCUUCUGAGGCUGGCAUUAAAUUUACACGUACCAAAAAUAAGGGAACAACCAUGUGGAUCUACGGAAUAAAACUAAUCCUUACCGAGCCCACAUCCGAAAAAGCAAGCAAUUUACUCAACAGUGAUGUAAUUAAUAGUUUGUUAAGCAAUGUUGAUCAAUCAAGGCGUGAUAAGAUGGAUAUGGCAAAAAAACUUUUGGAGUCCUUUGUCAUCAGUGAAAAUGAUUCGGUGGCGAACGAUAUGAAACUGUAUGUGGAUAAUUUGGGAAGAUUUUCUGAAAUAGCACCGCAAAGUAAUAAGAUUAGUAAUUUCGAUGGUGGAGACAAGAAUUCCGAGUAUAAUGGUAGUUCCACGUUGCAGUAUCCGAUAGAAGAGUUGAAAUUGUACAUAGAUGAUAAGUUUUCUAGUUUAGAACAAAGACUGACAGAAAAAAUAAAGUUGAUGGACGAAAAAAUGAACCAAAAACUUGAUGCAGUUUUACAAAAAUUAGAAUAUAAUUUCUUGCAAGAAUAAUGAACUACCAUAUAAUAUACGUUAUUUUAUUGUGUGAAAAAACUAAAUAAACU